GUAAAAACGCUGAACAGUGCGAUAGCGCAAACCAUUGUUUCUCACAGUUAUACAAAGACAACUUAUUUAUUUGUGAGUUACGAAGUGAAAAGUACAAACAAACAAUAAAAAUGGUGAAAAGUCCAGCAAUCGGAAUCGACUUGGGAACCACAUACUCCUGCGUCGGAGUGUGGCAGCAUGGAAAGGUGGAAAUCAUCGCCAACGAUCAAGGAAACAGGACGACACCCAGUUACGUCGCAUUCACCGACACCGAAAGACUCCUGGGAGAUGCCGCCAAAAACCAGGUCGCCAUGAAUCCCCACAACACAGUCUUCGAUGCCAAACGUCUCAUCGGAAGGAAAUACGACGAUCCGAAAAUACAACAGGACAUCAAACACUGGCCCUUCAAAGUAAUCAGUGAUGGAGGAAAACCGAAAAUUCAAGUCGAAUACAAAGGGGAGAACAAAACUUUCGCUCCAGAAGAGAUCAGCUCGAUGGUGUUGACGAAAAUGAAGGAAACGGCAGAAGCAUAUUUGGGAACGUCCGUUAGAGAUGCAGUCAUCACAGUACCAGCUUACUUCAACGACUCCCAAAGACAAGCCACUAAAGAUGCCGGAGUGAUCGCUGGUCUCAAUGUCAUGAGGAUCAUCAACGAACCGACCGCAGCAGCACUCGCCUACGGUUUGGAUAAGAAUUUGAAGGGAGAAAGAAACGUACUCAUCUUCGAUUUGGGCGGUGGAACAUUCGACGUUUCCAUUCUAACCAUCGACGAAGGUUCACUAUUCGAAGUCAAAGCCACUGCCGGUGACACACAUCUUGGCGGAGAAGACUUCGACAACAGACUUGUUAAUCACUUGGCUGAUGAAUUCAAACGGAAGUACAAAAAAGAUCUAAGAAGCAAUCCACGAUCGUUGAGAAGGUUGAGAACCGCAGCAGAAAGGGCAAAGAGGACGUUGUCAUCAAGUACCGAAGCCAGCAUUGAAAUUGAUGCUCUCUUUGAGGGUGUCGAUUUCUACACCAAAGUAUCCAGGGCACGAUUCGAAGAGCUCUGUUCCGAUUUGUUCAGGGGAACAUUGCAGCCAGUUGAAAAGGCUCUUAACGACGCCAAAAUGGAUAAGGGAGCAAUUCAUGACGUUGUAUUAGUAGGAGGCUCCACUAGGAUUCCCAAAAUUCAAAGCUUACUACAGAACUACUUCUGCGGAAAGUCUUUGAAUCUCUCGAUCAAUCCAGACGAAGCAGUGGCUUACGGUGCCGCCGUCCAAGCUGCCGUUCUCAAUGGUGAAUCCGACUCCAAGAUCCAAGACGUCCUUCUGGUCGAUGUGACUCCACUUUCUUUGGGUAUCGAAACUGCCGGAGGAGUAAUGACAAAGAUCAUCGAACGAAACGCGAGAAUUCCCUGCAAACAAACCCAGACCUUCACGACUUACGCGGAUAACCAACCAGCAGUCACUAUUCAAGUAUUCGAAGGCGAACGAGCGAUGACCAAAGACAACAAUCUCCUGGGAACGUUCGAUCUGACGGGAAUUCCGCCCGCACCAAGAGGAGUUCCAAAGAUAGAAGUCACCUUCGACUUGGACGCCAACGGAAUUUUGAACGUCUCCGCCAAAGACACAAGUUCUGGAAACUCUCGAAACAUCACAAUCAAAAACGACAAGGGACGUUUGUCGCAACGAGACAUAGACAGGAUGGUGUCGGAAGCUGAAAAGUACAAAGAAGAGGAUGAAAAGCAGAGGCAGAGGAUUUCGGCUCGCAACCAACUGGAAGCUUAUAUAUUCCAAGUAAAACAGGCUGUGUCCGAUUGCGGCGACAAACUAUCAGCCGAAGACAAAUCGAAAGUGGAGAGCGAGUGCCAGAACUGUCUGCAAUGGUUGGAUAAUAACUCGUUGGCGGAGAAAGAGGAGUACGAGGACAAACAGAAAGAGUUGACCUCCAUUUGCAGCCCGAUCAUGGCGAAAUUGUAUGGCGGCGGUCAACAAGGAUCCAUGCCGGGAAGUUGUGGGCAACAAGCAGGCGGUUUUGGUGGAAAACAAGGCGGACCAACGAUUGAAGAAGUUGAUUAAAUCCUUCCCAGUAUCACCACUUCUAUAAUCAAUAAGUGACAUAUUGUAUUAUAUCGUAGAUCUUUAUUUUAAAAGACUGUAUUAGAACAUGUAAAAUGUUUGUGAUAUUUUGUUAUUUAUUUUUAAAUAAAAUGUUUAGUAUGUU